AUGGAGAUCACUAAAUUUCUAGGGUUCUCCUUCCUUCUCUUUGCCUUCGCAGCAACUUCAUUUCCUGAGGCCGUUCAUGCCAAAGAUGCUGCAGCAGUGCUCGAUGUCUUCGGUCAUGAGGUGCAAGCUGGUGCUCGUUAUUUAAUCGUAGCCCCCUCGACUGACAAUACAACAACUCUUGCGGUCACUGCGACUGGCAAGAUCAUAUGCAAUUCAGAUGUUAUACUUUCCACUUUGAACGAGAGCCUCCCAAUAACAUUUUCACCUGCUAUAAAAUCCAACGAUGGUGUCAUCCGUGAAGGCUCUUGA